AGCAUCUUCAUCACUGCCUCUCUCUCUCAUUAAUGGCUCACGAAGUGCUUCCCUAAUUAUAGGGGCCAAUCACUUCACCUCGGGAGCAAUCAUCCUCUCAAUUCGUUUACAGAUUGAAAUUGCUGAGAGGAAAAAAAAGAGGAUCAGAUCUGUUGUUGUUGUUGUUGUUGUGAUUACGGAGUUGAUCGAGGUUGAGAGAUGGGGAAUUGUCAGGCGGCGGAGGCAGCGACGGUGGUGAUUCAACAUCCAGGCAACAAAAUCGACAGGAUUUACUGGUCGGUGAGUGCUAACGAGGUCAUGUCGGCGAACCCCGGUCACUACGUCGCACUCGUCGUAACCUCUCCGAUUUCCAAGUCCGAAAACGGAACGCCGGUGAAGCAGCUCAAGCUUCUCCGCCCCGAUGAUACAUUGCUUAUCGGACAAGUUUAUCGGCUCAUCAGCUUCGAAGAUGUGUUGAAGGAGUUCGCUGCAAAGAAGUGCGUGAAACUCGGGAAGCUGUUGCAGAGAGGAGGCCUUGGCCUGGAGAGAAAGAAGCUCUCCGGCAGUCCGAGCUUGAACCGGAAUCCGAAACCAGAGAGCUGCCCUUCCGUUCAGAUGGAGCAACAGAUUCAUCAACUAGGAAGCAGCAGUGGUGGGAGCAGCAUCAGUGGCAGAGGUGUUGGUAGGCAUCAUGUUGGUGGUGGUGGGGGGCAAUGGAAACCUGCCUUACAGAGCAUUGCAGAAGUUGGAACUUGAAAACCCACACUCCUCUCUUAUUUCUCCAUCAUGUCCCAUCCCAAUCCCCCCUCUCUCACUUUCUUACCCUCCCACCAAUAAAUACAAUUAUAAACCCUUCCUUUCUCUUCUUUUCAUACUGUUUUUUUUUUUUCGACACUUGUUUCAGUCUCUUAGACCUAGGGUUUGUUUUGUCCUUGUGCUUGCGGAUGAUUUUACUGUGAUAUAUAAUUAACCCUUCUCCUAA